AUGGCACGCAACAAGGCUGUGGAGCGCUGUGGCGGCUGCGUCGGCGCCCAUCGAGAGCGGCAGGCUUGCGUCUUCUCGGUGUCCAGCCUGGGCCAGCCCGCACUGGUCCACCCAAGCCGACAACAGGCAUAUUGCCCGUUCUGUUCGGAGGAGGUGCUUGGCGAACGCUUGUCCAACUCUCGAGGCAAGGGUGUCAUCACCGGUGCCUUGGCCUUCUUCUGGGAACAUAGCCCGGACCACAUAUUCCCCCAAGCAGUCCAACGCAUUCAAGACAUGGCUGGGGCAGCGACCUGGACCGAGUGUGACCAGCGUCUGCAGAGAUGCUUGCAACAGCGUGGAGCUACGGCACGCGAACGCAGUGCUCGUGCGCAGCAGCAAGCCAAAGCUCGAGCUCAACGUCGUCGCGGCGAAGAUCCCGCCGAUUGGGCUUCGCUUCUCGACUCCCGCCAGGCGCAAUGUGCGCCGUCCUCGGACACACUGACUGCAAAUGAGAGAGGCCGUGCGAGCCAACGGCGAGCUUUGCAGCGGAAAUUUCCAGCCGUCUACGCCGAUGACGGUCGGCCAGCAGCUGAGUGGCAAACGGAGCUGGCCAAGGCCUUCUCAAGCUAUGCGCAGAACUGGUCGUGGCGCAUUUGCCGGCAAUGCGACCGCAUGGCCCCGCAGCCGUUCGAGCCGAAGCACUUGCGCUCUUGCGCACGCCUCCAACCGAGUCUCUCGGCGUGCGGACACUGUGCUGCUGGAAACGGGUACUGGGUGCCGAGACCUGCGGACGUACCUGAACCUUUACGGAAGUUGCCUGAAGAGGUCCUGGCAGCAUUGGCUAUUCUCGACGUCUACACGGGCCCUGCCGAGAGGGCGCCCCAAGGUUACUGGGUGCACACCAGUUGUGUGCGCUUCAGCUGGAGGCCGAUGUCUGUGGAAGAGCGUCUCAGCACGCUCCCUCGUGCAGCGUGGCGUCGUGGGCGUGCUGCCUACGCGUGGUUGAUCGCCGCUGAGGACUGCCCCUACCGAGACUUCUUGAGGUGCCAUGACGAAUUUUUCCGGCACCGGCAGCGUCUGCUGGAUCAGGGCGAGUUGGAAGCCACAACCCCUGUGCCCUGGCUGCCAAUUCGCUUUAUGGAAACCAUCGGACUGGAGUCUGCGGUUUGGCCCCAUCUCUAUUGGAAUCGCACAAUGUGCGAGACGUACGUCCGUAGCGUGGAUGCCAGGCGCUUGGCUCGCGCAGCUCCGGGCGGCCAUGACCCGGGCGACGACUUCGCCAUGAUGGAGCCAGCUGACCGGCCCUUCAACAUGCAAGAAGACCUCGAAGCUGCGAGUGCUCAGGAGGAAGAGUCGGAAGCGGAUGACCCAGGCCCGGCGCCUGCCGCACGCCAGAGCGCCAAGGCCAGCUUCAUAGCGAAGGUCUUCUCGGCGGUGAUCGGCUACGGCACCAAUCGCGACCUCGCCCAAUUCGUGUACGACUUGUGGCUGUGGAGCUCUCUCGGCGGUGCUCGGAACGCAGCGCCGACGACCCUUCGAAUCGUGGUGCUCUGGCCGGGAGAAGCUUCUCAUCGGCUUUCCGUCCAUGUUCAUAACCGUGGCCCCGUUGUGGAGAUCUCGGCACCAUAUCAUCGCUGGCUCCAAGACGAACUUCUGAAAGCAUGUCGUUGCCGCACGGACCUUCCGGCCGCAGAGACCUUCCACCUCGCCCACCUGCUCUUUCAGAUUGCCGAGGGCCUCUUGGCCGGAACCAACCGACAACAAACAGCCGACGCACGGCGACAGUGGGAUCGGCACGUCUUGGCCGGCAGCAACAUUGCCGGUGCCACGGUGGUGGAAAUAUUCGGUCGCCUGGAAUUCCAAGACGGCAAACGCAAACGCCACGUGGGCCCCGGCCAGUCCUACCAUGGGUCGGGGCGCGUGCAUCUGCACCUUCUGAUCUGGCUCCAGGCUGCCGACAGCAUCGACUGGCCUCGCAUUGUGCGAGCUGACAUUCCCGACGCUACGAUGGAGCCAGAGCUGCACGACCUCGUCCACGGUUCGCAGCUUGACUGGGAAGACAGCGCCUGGCCCCGCAGAGAUGCACCGACGCUCUUCGACAAAGAUGCUGCAUGGUGUCUUGCAACUCUACCAUCCGGCGGACGCGCACGCAGCACAUGUUCGUGCGUACUUGCCCGACGUACUGGGGGCCCUGCAAUGUCACAUGGACGUGCAAAUGGGCGAUGGGCGUGGGCUGCUGCUUCAAUAUGCAUCCACUUACACGGCGAAGUUCAGCGACCAGUUCGCCACGAGCUGGCUGAACGAGGAAGCAACAGAUUUCCAAAUCUGGCGCGGAAAGUGCUCAUGGAGUACCAUCCCCUUGAGCCCGAGAUGUGGCUCCAACUUGCCGGCCAGCAGUUUCGGCAGGUGCUUCAAACCGGUGUGCUGCGCCGCGUGGUCGUGCGCCCACCUUGGGACGGGUGCCCUCCAAGCCGUUGGGAGUCCCUGUACAUGUCCUGCGCGUGGCGAUCGGAGACUUGCACAUUCCUGGAGUAUCUGCGGCAAUGCAACCAGUCUGGGGCGAAGCGGAAGAACAAGCGCCGGGUUCUCGUGGCAGCCACACUUCAUUCGCCGCUGCGCGACAGCUUCUUCGGCCAGUGGCUCGUGCUCAACGUCCCGUUUCGCUCGCUUGCAGAUCUAUGGGACGAGCGGGCGGCUAAAGUGCCGGAGGGCUACCGGAUGCUGGCCUUGUGUUUGCUACAUCGUCCCGGCUACUGGCGUCGUCCCCACGAUGUGCAGCGUGACUUGCAGCUGGAAGGCCACAAGGAUGCGCACGUCUGCAACGUCCUCAACAUGCUGGAGGGGCGCACCGCGCCCGAGCUCCUCGCCGCCCCCGAAGUUGGCUACCGCGGGGAGCUGGAUCCGGAGCAAGCCGUGGUGGAGCACGUGCGGAACAUGCUGCACUGGGCCCUGGAACGUCGGUACCCUGAGGCAGCAGACCCCGUCGAGCUGCACGACUUCCUCGAUCGCACGCGCCGCUCGCCUCCGCAGGUCCUGCAGCCGUUCUGCGUUUUGGGACCGGCCGGAUCUGGCAAGAGCACCGCGCUGGAGGUGGCCAUCUGUCGUGCUGCGGAAUCUGGCGCCCACGUUGGAAUUGCUUGUCCCACCGGUGUGCUGGCGAGCGUUUACCGUGAGAAGUUUCCGGGCCUGGAUGUCGACACCUUACACGGCAUGUUCCUGUUGCAUCUUCCUCAGGAGCAAACCUGGGACUGCAUGGCCAGCUUUGACUUGGUCGUCAUCGACGAAAUUGGUCAACUUUCCCGGACCACGUUCGAACGCAUCCUUUGGCUCUGGGACAACGCCGAACGCCGCCCGGCCCUGGUGUUCGUUGGCGACUUUCACCAGCUACGUGGCAUGGAUCCUACCCGGGCUUCCGACAGCCCUCGCUGGCAACACGUGGUCAAGCGCCACCUGCAGACGAUGCGGCGGUGCAAAUGUCCUGAGUUGCGCUGGAAGCUGGAGUUGCUGCGCACCACCAAGCCGUCCAAAGAGCAGCUGCUUCGCCUCUUGCGCGGGCAUCGGGCCAUGCCGGAUCGUGGUCCUGGAGUGAGCCCCGAACCGACGGAGCUCGACGUCCAGGGCAUGCUGCAGGAGACACCGCAAACCUUGUUCCUGACGAUCACCCGCCGCAAUUCCGCAUUGCUGAACGACCUCGCCGUCCGGGCCCUCUACGGAGAUGCCGAGCCGCUCUGUUUCGUGCCCGGAGACUACGAAAGCAACGUGGACAACUACGACGGCUUCGGCCAGCUCGUGGAUUGUCAGCCGCUUCAUCUCCCUAUCUAUGUGGGCAUGCGAGUGACCCUUACCCGGAACGUGCAGAAGGAGCAGAACUUCGUCAACGGCAUGCGGGCUGUCGUGCUUGCUGUGCAGCGGUCUUCGGUUUUGGUCCAGACGCACUGCGGCGACGUCAUUUCGGUGUUUCCUUACACGGACGACGAGAUCUUCAUCGCAGGGGAGCGGCGUCGAGUCACCUACUUGCCGCUCCGGCUCGGGUACGCCACGACCUUGCAGAAGAUCCAGGGGGCGACCCUCGAGCACAUCACAGUGUGGCUGGACGUCCCCAACGUGGAAGCCGCGGCGCUGUCCCGGGUCCAAUACGACCAGAACUGGCGUUUCUUGGGGCAUGUCACGAGGCAUCACUUCACUCCAGCCUCAGGAGUUUGA